GUUUAUUUAUUUAAUCGUCUUACCAAUAUAUUAUAGUUAUCUAAACCUAAGCUCUUAAAGUCUAUAGUUAUUUAUACAUAUACAUAUAUAUAUAUUUAUAUACAUACAUUUAUCAUUUAUUUGUUUUUUUUUUCAGAUCAGAAAAAAAAAAAGCACCAAAAUCAUUUAAUCCUUAUUUUCAUCUAUAAAAAUCGUUUUUUUCAUGCCCUUUAAAUUUUUGGAGAAAGGACGUUACAAAUUAACUGUAGGCAAGUCGUUUGAUGGAAAAAUUAAAAAGAAAACGCAAAAGUUCUUUAACGUUAUACACAAAACAAGUUCAGAUUUUAACAUCUUUGGAAAAGAAGCCAAAUUAGAAAGAAAAAAUGGCAAUUGUCAAAUUGAAAUGAGGAGCUCAAAUAAACCUAAUGUUCUUUAUGAUGCUCAUGUAAAUACUAAAGAUGAGCAUAAUUGUAUUCUUAUUUAUGAUGAAGUAGCAAAGACUUUUACUAUUGAACUGCAAAGUGCAGAAAUCAGUUUAUCAGAUAGAAAUGACACAUUAGUUUUACCUAAUAAUCAUACGACGCGUUCACCAUCCGUUGCUAAGCAGCCAGUUUUACAAACACCACCUGUACCUGUAAAAGUAUCUGCAUCUUCUGUACCUGUAAAAGCACCAACGCCACCUGUACCUGUAAAACUACUGACACCUUCUGUACCUGUGAAAGUAUCCACACCACCUGCUCCUGUAAAAUUAUCCACACCACCUGCUCCUGUAAAAGUACCAUCACCCGCCCCAUCUCUAAUGUUGGCUGCUGAAGAUACUUCUGCAGGUGUGGAUGAUUUUGAUUUUGAUAUAUCAAAAGAUAUGGAUGCUAUUUUAGAUAGCGAAUCAGAAUCUGGAUCAGAUACUUUUGAAGAAAUUUCUACUCCUAGUAUCCUCUCUCGACCUCAACCCAUCCCUACUCCCUCUCCUUUAGUAAAUGUUUCAGAAGCAUCUACCCAUAUAUCCUCUCCUAGUGUUCCCAUUAGUUUGACUUUACCCAACACACCCAUUACAUCUAACUCACCUGUUAGUCAAAGCAGUCUAAAUACUGCAUCUAACAAGUCAACGCCAAAGAAACGUAAAUUAAAAAUGGCUUCAGUACCUAUUCGACAUCCUGAUGCUAUAUCUCCUACCCUAUCAACAACAGGAACACCUACUAUUAACACCCCUAUAAAUCAUGUUCUUCAUAAAACAAAUUCAGAUGAAUUUGAAGAUCGUAGUAGAAUCAAACGUCUAAAAGUGACCAAUAAGAAUGAGGAAAUCAUUGAUGAAGAUAGUUCAUCCUCUUCUAAUGAAGACUCUAGCUCUGAUUCUGAAAUGAGCAGUAGUAGUUCAGAGACAACAGAUUCAUCAAGUGGUAGUGGUAGUGAAAGUGAAAGUGGUAGCAGUAGUGAUGAUAGUAGUGAUGACGAAGAUCUUGAGUCCUUAGCUAACGAUAUUAGCAUGAGUCUAUCCAGAGGCGGCCCCUCAGCACCAGGAUCACCUCAAAAUGAUACCCCAUCGGUGCCUCCUACUUUCCAAUCAGCGCCUUAUAAUACAUCUUCUUUACUUCAUACACCAACAUCAGUUAGACCACCCAAUGUAGUUAAUACAGCCGGCGCAGGUCCAAUGUCUCUCAGGGCAUUAUUCAGUAAGUUAAAUAAAUUGAAUAUUUUACAUAUCUUUAUAUUAACAGUUGUUUACACAAAUAGAGGAUGAAGAUGAAGAGAGUUUAUCGGGUUCUGGUAGCUCGUCGGAUAGCGAUGAUUAAUUACGCCAUCAUUGUGUUGUAUACAUUUGUUUAUUUAUAGAGCAAUUAUUAAUAUAGCUCCUCAAAGCUUUAUUGUAUUAAAUAAUAAUAAUAAAAAAAUAAGUUUAUUUUUGUUUUA